AUGGCCACUGUCAUUCCUGGUGAUUUGUCAGAAGUAAGAGAUACCCAGAAAGUCCCUUCAGGGAAACGUAAGCGUGGUGAAUCCAAACCAAGAAAAAACUUUCCUUGCCAACUGUGUGACAAGGCCUUUAACAGUGUUGAGAAAUUAAAGGUUCACUCAUACUCUCACACAGGAGAGAGGCCCUACAAGUGCACACAACAAGACUGCACCAAGGCCUUUGUUUCUAAGUACAAAUUACUAAGGUAUUAAACUCUAUUUAUUUUUCAGAUUAUAUUAUCAUUUGUUGGCCAUUUUAAGCUUUGUAAACGUAUAUAUCUGUGUACACUUCAGCUGAUUUGCAGGGAGGAAAUGUUAGUUAAUUUAGACAUCAAAUUGUAGAAGUAUAAACUAUAGUGCAUAGUUUUACAAGCUAAUAUCUUUCAGUCUUUGUGUGUGUUUUCAAAGAGGAGUUUAAAGCUUUUUUCAGUUGUAUAAACAUGUUGCCAAGAAGUGUAUGAAUUGAGCAUUUUUGCUAUGGGCAUAAUUGAAAUAUUCAUAUAUAAUGAAAUAGAUUAUUAAAAUAACUUAAACAUCAAACUAAAAUGUCAAUUGAAAUGAAAUUGCUUGUAAUGUGUGAUUUGGUAUAUUUAAGUAUGACAUUUAAUGUCUAUAGUGACAUGUCUUUUGCAAAAUAUUUGUUUGAAAAAAAUAGUUUAGUAUUUAGCUGCCAUUAAAUGAACACGUGUACUUUUUGAUCAAAAUAAUUACUUACAGAAUAUAUCUGUGUUUCAAGGCAUAUGGCUACUCAUUCUCCUGAGAAAACCCACAAGUGUAAUUAUUGUGAGAAAAUGUUUCAUCGAAAAGAUCACCUAAAGAAUCACCUACAUACACAUAAUCCCAAUAAAGAGGCCUUUAAGUGUGAAGAAUGUGGAAAGAACUACAACACGAAGCUUGGGUUUAAGCGUCACCUGGCUUUGCAUGCUGCAACAAGUGGUGACCUCACCUGUAAAGUAUGUUUGCAGACAUUUGAAAGCACAGGGGUGUUGCUGGAGCACCUAAAAACUCAUGCAGGCAAAUCAUCAGGUGGAGUGAAGGAGAAAAAGCACCAGUGUGAACAUUGUGAUCGUCGGUUUUACACCCGAAAGGAUGUCCGAAGACACAUGGUAGUGCACACUGGAAGAAAGGACUUCCUCUGUCAGUAUUGCGCACAGAGAUUUGGCCGGAAGGAUCACCUAACACGGCAUAUGAAGAAAAGUCACAACCAAGAACUUCUGAAGGUCAAAACGGAGCCAAUGGAUCUACUAGACCCAUUUCCUUGCAAUGUUUCUGUGCCUAUAAAGGACGAGUUACUUCCAGUGAUGUCUUUAUCUUCCAGUGAACUGACAUCCAAGCCAUUUACAAACACUUUGCAAUUAAAUCUCUACAAUACUCAGAUUCAGUCCAUGCAGAGCUCAACAUCUGCACACCAAAUGGUUGCCACAUCAUUACCUUUAGGAAUGCCUUGUCCAAUAGAUAUGGAAUCUGUCCAUCCUUCUCACCAGCUCUCUCUAAAAUAUCCACUCAGUUCUACCUCAUAUACAGUUUCUAUGACUGAUAAAGAGCAGCCAUUGAAAGGGGAAAUUGAAAGUUACUUAAUGGAACUGCAAAGUGGUAUGCCUUCUUCGUCCCAAGAUUCUCAAGCGUCUUCAUCUAAAUUAGGGUUGGAUCCUCAAGUAGGGCCACUAGAUGAUGGAUCUGGGGAUGUUUCCCUUUCGAAAAGUUCAGUUUCUAUUAGUGAACCUCUAAGCACCCCAUCACUGGACUUCUCUCAGUUAUUCAAUUUUAUACCUGUAAAUGGACCUCCUUUUAAUCCUUCUGUUUCUGUAGGAAAUCUCGGAAUGAGUUACACGCAAGAGGAAGCACAUUCAUCUAUGACGCAGCUUCCUCAACAGGCACAAGAUCCACAUGACCCUGGUAAUGGUAUAGGUCUUGGGUCUUUGCAUUCAUUAUCAGCAGCUUUCACAAGCAGUUUAAACACAACCACAACCUUACCACGUUUUCAUCAAGCUUUCCAAUAG